AUGACUAUAGAUAAAGCUACAACAGGACCAGCACCUACAGCAACUCAACCCACAGCAGCAACUACAACAACAGAACAAAAUAACACCUCUACCAAUGUUGAUCCUACACAGCCUACUGACGACAAUGCCACCCUUCAGAACCAAAAAUAUGUGGAAGAGUUUCAAUAUUUAUUGGAAAAAAGUCAAAGUUUAUUCAGUGGUUUAAGGGAUUUACCACCUACUGGUAGUCAUCGUCAAUGGCGUCCAUAUUUUGAAAAAACAUUUGAAGUAUAUACCAAGUUGUGGAAAUUUCAACAAGCUCAUAGGCCAUUAUUGGAAGAUAAAAGUAAUUACGGAUUGAAACGAUGGGAAGUAGGCGAAAUAGCUAGCAAAAUUGGACAACUCUAUUAUCAUUACUAUUUACGAACAAGCGAAACUAAUUAUCUGAACGAAGCUUAUGUAUUUUACGAAGCAAUUCAUGAUAGACAAUAUUUCAAGAACAUUUUGGAAGUAAAAAAUCCUGCUUUGAUGAUUAAGAAAAUGCGAUAUUAUGCUCGAUUUAUAGUGGUAUGCCUAUUACUCAACAAGGAUGAAAACAUACGUCUACUGAUUAGUGAACUGGAACAAUUGAUUGACGAAUACACUAAAACAUUUAAACCUCUGGAUGCGAAGGAAUGGCUGAUGGUAUUACAAGAAAUUACGACAUUCAUGGAAGCAGAAAAAAAAUUGGUACCGAUCAAUGCCGACAGAACUCAAGUACCCAUUCAACACAGACUUCCUGCAAUGCAAGUCGACAAGCCACAAGGACUCAAAUUACAAGAAGCGAUUCUGGUUGGAAACUAUCAAAAUCAAAUUAAAUUCUCUGAACUAACUCUGGACAUGUAUCGAAUGUUACAAUCUUUGGAACGGGAACCUACACUCCACAGCAACAAGACAGCUUAUCGAGAGCACCAUCAUCAACCUCUUGAUCAUACCACUCCUGCCAAUAUUACACCACAACAUCACGAUAAAUCACAUCCUUCUGGCACCAGUAAACGAAUAAAUCCACACAAAUAUUUACUUUAUCGACCUACAUUCACUCAGCUCUUGGUGUAUAUAGCAACAGCAUUCAAGGAUACCGGGGACAAUGGAGUCAUGUUAUUAUACAUCUCGGCUGAUGGUUGUGUUAAUCAAUCACCACACGGAUUUGGCUUUGGGGGUGGAAUUUCGACAAGUCAACGAAAACCAGGCAUCAACACUACUACUAAUGGGACGAAUACAAUUAUCAAUACCUCUACUGCUUGUUUAUACCCAGCCGAUCUGAUUCCGUUCACACGCAAGCCUUUAUUCUUGAUUAUCGACAGUAAUAACAGUACGGCUUUUCAACAAACCAUUCCCAACCUCUUUGAUCAACCUCUUAUGUGUUUACUCUCACCAACAGUCUACCCUUCUUCAAUACAAGAUAAAAGUGAAAUUGGUAGUCUAUUUACUUUAUUUUUACAUACACCACUUUUAGGUUUUUGUUCAGUGUCAGAUAUUGGUAAUUUAGAUCAAACGAAAUGGGAUGAAUGCAUACACAAGGUUACACAACUGGAACGAAUGAUUGGAAAAUUAUUACUGGAGGAUCCUGAUUUAGAUACAAAUGUCAAACGCUUUAUGACAGAUGACUUUUUAUGGACUUUUAUUAUACGAUUUGUUUUAUGUGGAAUCAUCUUACGGUAUCAUUCCUCCUUUAAAAAUGAAAAGUCAUAUCCAACUAGUUAUCCCAAUAUACCUGAAAUCAUUUAUACUGCUCCUGAAAUCAUGACUUUAUUUAGUGAACUCGCUUUGAUUGCUAAUGUCAGUACUUACUUCAAUAUUCCGGUACCAACCACUACACCAGCUUCUUCCGUUGUUGGCACUUCCGUCAAUCCCGCUAGUUCUGCCGGUCCUGCAACUUCUACGACUAAUGUCACAACCAAUCCUCCAGGAACAUCCAUGAUCAAUCAACAACAACAACAAGAGCAACAAGAACAACGAUCACAAGAACAACAAAUAUCUGGACAACAUCAUUCAGCUACACAUUCAUCAUCGAAUAAUGCGGUGCCUAUGGACACGAUAUAG